AUGGUAGGGCCCUCCUCGGUCUGGCCUCCGGGCGCCGCCAUGUUGCAGCCUCAGAACGGGAGCCAUGGAUGUGAGCGUACGGCCGGCAGCCGGACCCGGGCCAGCUCCGCUGAGCACAUGCUGGAGGUGCGGCCGGGGCUGUUCCUGGGUGGAGCUGCGGCAGUCGCGGAGCCGGACCACCUGAGGGAGGCGGGCAUCACGGCAGUGCUGACGGUGGACUCGGAGGAGACCGACUUCAACACGGGGGCUGGGGUCGAGGGUCUACGGAGUCUCUUCGUGCCAGCGCUGGACAAACCCGAGACCGACCUGCUUAGCCAUCUGGACCGGUGCGUGGCCUUCAUCGGCCAGGCCCGCGCCGAGGGCCGCGCGGUGCUGGUGCAUUGCCACGCAGGGGUCAGUCGAAGUGUGGCUGUAAUGACUGCUUUUAUGAUGAAGACUGACCAACUUACCUUUGAAAAAGCCUAUGAAAACCUUAAGACUAUCAAACCAGAGGCUAAGAUGAAUGAGGGGUUUGAGUGGCAACUGAAAUUAUACCAGGCAAUGGGAUGUGAAGUAGAUACCUCUAGUGCAAUUUAUAAACAGUAUCGUUUACAGAAGGUUACAGAGAAGUAUCCAGAAUUGCAGAACUUACCUCAAGAACUCUUUGCUGUUGACCCAUCUGCCAUUACACAAGGAUUGAAAGAUGGGGUGCUCUACAAAUGUAGAAAGUGCAGGCGAUCUUUAUUUCGAAGUUCUAGCAUUUUGGAUCAUAAUGAAGGAAGUGGUCCUAUAGCCUUUGCCCACAAGAGGAUGACACCAUCCUUCAUGCUUACUACAGGGAGUCAGGCUCAAUGUACAUCUUACUUCAUUGAACCUGUGCAGUGGAUGGAAUCCACUUUGCUGGGAGUGAUGGAUGGACAGCUUCUUUGCCCCAAAUGCAGUGCCAAGUUGGGUUCUUUCAACUGGUAUGGUGAACAGUGCUCAUGUGGUAGAUGGAUAACACCUGCUUUUCAAAUACAUAAGAACAGAGUGGAUGAAAUGAAAAUGCUGCCAGUUUGGGGAUCACAAACAAGGAAAAUAUGAACUUG